CAGUAGAAGCUGAGCAGCAGGAACAGAAGAACAGAAACAGAGAGGAGUGAGGACAGAUCAACAGAAGUGCAGAAAUGCCUUCAGAGAAAACAUUUAAACAGAGGAGGACCUUCGAACAGAGAGUGGACGAUGUGAGACAGAUCCGAGAGCAGCACCCCAACAAAAUCCCAGUGAUUAUUGAGCGCUACAAGGGUGAGAAGCAGCUCCCCAUUCUGGACAAGACGAAAUUCUUGGUUCCCGACCACGUCAACAUGAGCGAACUCAUCAAGAUCAUCAGGAGGCGCCUCCAGCUGAACUCCAACCAAGCUUUCUUCCUGCUGGUCAACGGUCACAGCAUGGUGUCGGUCUCGGCGGUCAUCUCCGAGGUGUACGAGCGGGAGAAGGACGAGGACGGCUUCCUCUACAUGGUCUACGCCUCCCAGGAGACCUUCGGCUCGGCCGGCGUCCACUAAACGCUCCAGGAUCUCGGAUUCGGACUCUGACAAACACGAUCCCUCGUCUCUCCUUCCAUCGUCCACGCUGAAGCAGGCCGAGGCUCGGAGGGGACGCCGGCCUCGCACUUCUUUAGCUUCGGUUUAAGAUGCCCACACGUUUUUGUUUGAUUUAAUACGCGGUUGUGUUAUUGGAUGGAUGUAGGACAGAUUACACUAGCCAAGGGAAGUCCUGACCUGCAUAUCGGUGUUGUAGCUUCAUCUGAUCGUGAUAAUCGUUUUCUAAUGCAGUGUGUGGUGUGUCUGUUAUCAGAGCUGAUUGGCUGUCACAUCUCACAGCGCAGAGGUUCUGAGUUCACAUACAGCAAUCAGUUCAUCUCUAAAUCAUCCAGACAAGAAGUUAUACUUUAUUUUAGACAAAAAAUGAUUCUUAAUUUUGAUUUUACCCCCUGAGGAAGAGUUUCUCAGCUUGAGCUGCUGUUUAAAUCCUCUCAGAUACAGAAAUCUGUUUAAUAGAGCUUUUAAUAUUUUAAAGAUAUAAAACUAAAGCAACAGUCUGUCUAAAUAUCUUAAGAAAUGAGGAAUCAUUUCCUAAAGAACAAUUUAAAAAUAAUAUUCAGCUACAGUCUUGCUUUAUCUCCGUUCCUGCUCGACACUGAUCACUAAAUCUGUAAUCUAAUCGAGUUCUGGUUUUAUUUUCUUCCCUCCUUUAAAGUCGGAGGUGUUUUGUUUUCCUCCUGAUUCAGUCACAGACAGAACACGUCGUUUGUUGCAUUAAAAGAAAAUACUAAAAUAAAAACAAGCUUUGAGGACAUGCUAUGAAUGUAGUGCGGAGCUUUCGUAGGUAAACAAUCGUGUACAUUGUUUAGGCAGGAUCAUUUUUUUGGGGGGGGCGAACAAAAGGGAGCCAGGUUCAGUUUGGAACGCCGCCGCCGCUUUUCUUCCCCCGCACGCUUUUAGAGUCCUGAUUUUAUCCAAGCUUAUUUUAUUUACACUUUUAUAAACGCACCCCUGUACUUCUGUACUCCAGCGUCGCCGUCUUACACGUAACUGUGCGAGAAAUCAAAAUACAUCCUUUAGAUGCCUUUUAUCCUCGUGCGUUCAACCUGUUUUUAUUUAAAGAAAUGUUUCUUGUACAAUAAAAUGUUCAUAUGCUUUACUUCUCUGUAAUGAACAAAAUAAAUCCUAUUAAAAAAGGUUUUGUUUGAAA